AUGGUCCAGGCCUUGAACCACCAGAGACUGUGUGACCGAGCAGACACUGUGUGGAGGUCACACCUGGGCCCCGCCUUCAGCCCGGCCUGGGGGGCCCUGUACAAGCCCCCUCUGACCAAGAGACAGGGAGACCUGCAGUGGAGGCUGCUGCAUGGGGCAAUAGCAGUCAAUGCCUUUGUGUGUAGGGUGAACAGGGCUGUGGGGGAGGGCUGUCCCUUCUGUGGGGAGAGGGAGACAGUGUUCCACUGCUUCUGGGAGUGUGGGAGGCUCAGGCACAUGCUGGAGCUGCUGAGGGGCCUCUUCACUUCACUGGGGGCAGAGUUUAAUGCUCAGGUGUUUGUGGGGGGGGUCAGGUACUCCAGCCGCAGCAGGAGGAGGGGGCGGCUGCUCAGUUUCCUCGUCGGUCAGGCCAAGAUGGCCGUCUAUGUGAGCAGGAGGAGGAUGGUCCAGGACCAGAGUGAGAUCAGUCCCAGGGCUCUGCUGGUCCGGAUGGUCCAGGACCAGAGUGAGAUCAGUCCCAGGGCUCUGCUGGUCCGGAUGGUCCAGGACCAGAGUGAGAUCAGUCCCAGGGCUCUGCUGGUCCGGAUGGUCCAGGACCAGAGUGAGAUCAGUCCCAGGGCUCUGCUGGUCCGGAUGGUCCAGGACCAGAGUGAGAUCAGUCCCAGGGCUCUGCUGGUCCGGAUGGUCCAGGACCAGAGUGAGAUCAGUCCCAGGGCUCUGCUGGUCCGGAUGGUCCAGGACCAGAGUGAGAUCAGUCCCAGGGCUCUGCUGGUCCGGAUGGUCCAGGACCAGAGUGAGAUCAGUCCCAGGGCUCUGCUGGUCCGGAUGGUCCAGGACCAGAGUGAGAUCAGUCCCAGGGCUCUGCUGGUCCGGAUGGUCCAGGACCAGAGUGAGAUCAGUCCCAGGGCUCUGCUGGUCCGGAUGGUCCAGGACCAGAGAUAA